GUUAUUCAACGUGUUUUGGAGGCGUAUCCAUCUGCAGGCUGCUGGAUGGAUGCAUGAGAAAAGGAAUACCGUCCCAUCUACACCUCUUAGCCGGAAACAAAUAAUGAAACCAAACGGUCAAGUGCUCAAACAAAGACCCUCACAUGACACUGAGAGGGAGUUUGGAGGAACCCUGGGUGCAUUAUGCAUACCCAUCUUUCUCCCGCUGACGGUGAUGUUCCUGAUAUGUGUGAGUCGAUCCCCUGAGGCCAGUUUGCUACAGUGGCCCCCGGCCCUCCCCUCCACUGACCAACUGUGGGACCCUCUGGCCCUUGUGCUUCUGCUGGGCUGGAUCUCUCUGCACGCCCUCCUCUAUGUGUUGCCAUUAGGAAAGGUGUCUGAAGGAUUAGUGCUGAGGAAUGGAACGCGUCUCAAGUAUCCCAUAAACGGUUUCCACAGCCUGUGCAUCUGCGGCGUGUUGCUGAUGUUGUUACUGGGGCUCGGGGCUCCUCUGGGGUAUCUGUUUGAGCUGUUGUUGCCUCUGGCGGCGUGUGCAAUAGCAGGGUCAUACCUGUUCUCCCUCUACCUCUACAUCCGCUCCUUUUGGGUUCCUUCUCAUGCUCUUGCUUUGGGAGGCAACACAGGAAAUCCACUUUAUGACUUCUUCAUCGGACGAGAGCUAAACCCCCGGAUUGGAAACUUUGACCUUAAGUAUUUCUGUGAGCUCAGACCGGGUCUGAUCGGCUGGGUGGUCAUUAACCUGGGCAUGCUGAUGAAGGAGGUGGAGCUUCGAGGUUCCCCUUCUCUCGCCAUGAUUCUGGUCAACAGUUUCCAGCUGCUGUAUGUGGGAGACGCUCUAUGGAAUGAGGAGGCAGUUUUGACCACCAUGGACAUAGUGCACGAUGGUUUUGGCUUCAUGCUGGUGUUUGGGGACCUGGCCUGGGUUCCCUUCACGUACGGCCUGCAGGCGGCCUUCCUGGUUGUGCACCCACAGGCCCUCAGUUCACUGGGAGCAGCAGCGAUUAUAGCACUGAAUGGUAUUGGAUAUUAUGUUUUCAGAAAAUCCAACUCACAGAAGAACCAGUUCAGACGAGACCCUACGCAUCCAAGUGUCGCAAGAUUGGAGACCAUCGCCACAGCAACAGGGAAACGGCUGCUGGUGUCUGGCUGGUGGGGUCUCGUUCGUCAUCCCAAUUACCUUGGGGACCUCCUCAUGGCCCUCGCGUGGUCCCUGCCAUGUGGAUUCUCACAUCUCCUGCCUUACUUUUAUGUUAUAUAUUUCACCGUGUUGCUGAUUCACCGAGAGGACCGCGAUGAGAGACAGUGUAGGUCCAAAUACGGACUAGCGUGGGACACAUACUGUCGACGUGUCCCCUACAGGAUCUUCCCUUAUGUCUACUAAACAGGAGAGCAGGAGGCUGGAACACGACCAAAACUGUCUCAAAACUGUCUCACAACAUCCUUUGUAUUUUCAAGUUCACGUAGCAAUAACCUGAAAUGUGAAUCCAUUUUCACUUUCACAGACCACAAAUAAUAUCUGGUGCUUUUGCAGGUUUAAAUAUGACAUGAUGUUCAAUGGAUGACUAUUUCUGAAGUUGUUGAAUAUUGAACAGCACAGGCCUUGGGAUUCUUUUCUCAUAAAAAUCAGAGGAGAAAAUUAGUUUUUGUAAAAGUUAGAAAGUAAAACUAUGGGAAUAUUUAAUUGGAAAAUAAAACUCUAGAAAAAUUACAAAUGAAAUGAAUUUCCAUAAAAACAUCAGUGCCUUUUUUAAAUAAAAGGCAUUUUUACCAUGCUUGUUUUUUUAAUAAUGCCUACUUUUGUUUGUUUGUAAAAUUUGUUUAAAAUAAACAAAACACAAAAUGA